GCUUUCUAAACAAGAAAGAGAAUUCUUAGUCGUUAUCACAUUUUGUGUAUUUGUGGUAGCCAUGCCAAUUACGUGCUACUCCGUACUUAGACUUUAUCCCGAUAAGGACUUUUCUGUGAGGCAACACUUGUACACGCCUUCCGACUCUAAAUUAGGAGUUUAUGAUAAUGCAGUAGUGUGUACGGACACGAAACCCUGUGCCGAAAUAGGAAAAAACAUACUGUUAAGAAAAGGCAACGCCGUGGAAGCAGCCAUUGCUACAUUAGUAUGUAUGGGUGCUGUAAAUUGUCAAAGUAUGGGCUUGGGUGGUGGAUUUCUCAUGACAAUUUACAAUAAUAGGAGUAAAACAGUAAAGGUAUUGGAUUCCAGAGAAGUAGCACCUUCAAAUGCGACAGAAAAUAUGUUUGAAGGUUUUAUAGAUUCUGCUGAAGCUGGUGAGUAAUAAAAGAACUAACAG